GGCGCCGCGAGGCGAGCUCAACUCGCUGGCCACUGAGCACCUAGUCGUCAGUGAGACGCGGCACUCCGCUAAUGCGAGUGAGUGUGUCGCCCCCCGAUCGUUCUGUGCGGGGACAACACAUCAUUAUCUAAGUGCGGUUUGUGUCGUUUACACACCAGGGAACAAAUCGUCUGCUCCCGAGACCCGUCGAGGGACGUCCGUCGUGUCUGUCUGUCUUGUGUUUCAGUCUGCGCGAAACAACAACCUCGUCAAGAUGGCCGCCGACUCGGGAAUGGAAACGUGUCCCUCCCCAGAGAUCGCGGACUCCAGGAAGCGUCCACUAGAUUGCGAUGUCGAGAAUGGAGCGACGAAGAGGUCCCACUAUGGUUCAGGAGGAGAUGGCACAUAUCACCUCAAAGUUCUGGUUCCGGGGGUGGCGGCUGGAGCCAUCAUUGGAAAAGGAGGAGAAACUAUUGCUCAAUUACAAAAGGAUACGGGGGCUAGAGUCAAGAUGUCGAAAUCUCACGACUUUUAUCCUGGAACCACGGAACGAGUAUGUUUAAUCACUGGCAGUAUCGAGGCUAUUAUGUCUGUUAUGGACUUCAUAAUGGAAAAGAUCCGCGAAAAACCGGAUCUCACGACAAAAACUACAGUUGACUUUGAUUCCGGUAAAGCGACAGCUGAAAGGGACAAGCAGGUGAAAAUUCUGGUACCAAACAGCACCGCCGGAAUGAUCAUUGGAAAGGCCGGCAAUUAUAUAAAACAAAUAAAAGAAGAAUCGGGAUCGUACGUUCAGAUUAGUCAAAAGGCAAAAGAUUUGUCCUUGCAGGAACGAUGCAUCACCGUUAUUGGGGAAAAGGAAAAUAAUCGCAACGCUUUACUGAUGAUCCUGGCAAAAGUUGCUGACGAUCCACAAAGUGGAACGUGUCUCAAUGUGAGUUACGCGGACGUCAGUGGUCCUGUAGCCAAUUAUAAUCCAACCGGAAGUCCAUACGCUCAAGCCCCCACGAGCACACCGACGUAUACAUCAACUGCUGGUUUAAACACAGUGAGCCUCCUGAAUGGCGCGGGUCUAAGUCUGAAUUUGAAUUUGGGCACGGCAAUGACAACGGGAACCGCGCCAGUAACAACGCAGCUGUUGGAACAUUUGAAAUUGAACUUGCGAGCGACCGGCUUCACUGAGCCGGCCGUGACCGAGAUCAUAGCAGCAUUCGCAACACUCGCCAAAUACAAUAUCCUCGGAAUGGGAAUUGGAAUGCCAUCGGGCAUAAAUUAUCUCGGCACGCCAAUGGACAGUUCAACAACAGUCAAUGGUUCAAACAACAAUGGCGGUGUAUUCGGACCAAUUGGCACUGUACCGGCAAUUGGCUCAACAUCGCCAACGCCACGCAAUGCUCUCGAUAGAUUUGAGCCGUUCGAUCCAUUCCGUCAGAACAACACGGCUGCCGCGGCAGCAGCGGCCAGUGCAAUUCAUCUCAACAACAAUUCAUUUGGCCUCGGCACCAAUCAAUUAUCACUCGUAAGUAAGAGUCCUAAUCAGGUAGACGUCAACAGCAAGGAGACCAAGAAAGUAGAUAUAGAAAUUGCAGAGGUUAUAGUGGGAGCUAUUCUGGGACCCGGUGGUCGUGCCCUCAUUGAGAUUCAGCACCUAAGUGGCGCCAACAUUCAAAUCUCGAAGAAGGGCAUGUUUGCGCCUGGUACCAGGAACCGUAUAGUGACUAUCACGGGUUUCCCAAAUGCUAUCGGCACUGCUCAAUAUCUCAUCGAGCAGAGGAUCAGCGAAGAGGAGGCGAAACGAGCGCGUCACAACGCAAUCGCCGGCAUGAUUCAUUGAUUCACCUAACGAUUUAAUAACCUCAUCUUCCUUGCGUCUAUUUGCCUCUCUUCUACCAUCGAGUCUUUCGAGUCGACUUUCUUCUUCUUCUUCUUUCUCUCUCUGCUUUUUUCUCUUUUUUUUUACUCCUUUCCCCUUUUUUUCUCUCUCUUUUUUCUUUUUUUCUCUCAAAGAGUUUCGUCUCAUUGGACCGAAAGUAACUUUUUUCCAUAUUUUCAUUUUCGUCUCUUUGAACGAAGUUGUAGCUUUUUAUCUCGAAAAAGUUUCGUCACAUUGGGCAAAAAUUCUUUGAAAGAAACCAGCUUUUUUCUCAAAGAGUUUCGCAAACAUUGGGCCGAAAUUUUUUGUGCAAAGUUGUAACUUCUUUCUCAAUGGGUUUCGUCACAUUGGACCGAAACUGUAGCUUUUUUUCUCAAAGCGUUUCCUAAACAUUGAA